AUGUCCGCGUCGCCCCUUACACUCGUCGUGCGCCCCCGUGGCCGCCCGAUCAAGAAUCUCCCCGAGACCAUCACCGUCCCGUCCGAUGCGACCGCCUCUCAAAUCUUUGAGGAAAUUGCAAAGGCCUCCAGGUUCUCAAUUCACCGAUUGAGGGUUACCAAGGGCAGUGAUGGCUCGCCGAUCAACAAUGUGCGCGAUGUCACGGUCCACGACACAGGCCUGAGGAACAAGAGUGCUGUGGAUGUAAAGGAUCUUGGUCCCCAGAUCUCCUGGCGAACCGUCUUCAUCGUCGAAUACCUCGGACCCCUCCUCAUCCACCCGCUCAUCUACUUCGGCCGCUCCCUCAUCUAUGGCACCUCGGCGCCCCCCUCGCAGCUCCAGAAGCUUACCUUCCUCAUGUGCGUCGCCCAUUUCGCAAAGCGCGAGUUCGAGACCCUCUUCGUCCACCGCUUCUCGUCGGCCACGAUGCCCAUCAUGAACAUCUUCAAGAACAGCGGCUACUACUGGAUCCUCUCGGGCUUCAACUUGGCAUACUGGAGCUACGGCCCUAACAGCCCGGCUGCUAAGCCUUCGAAUCCGCUCCUGACAUAUCUCGGCGUUGCCCUAUUCGCAAUCGGCGAGGUCUGCAACUACAGCACGCAUCUGACGCUUAAGAACUUGCGCCGUCCAGGCAGCACUGAGCGCGGUAUCCCUAGGGGACUCGGCUUUGAUCUAGUCACAUGCCCCAACUACAUGUUCGAGGCAAUGGCUUGGAUCGGCGUGGCCCUCGUCAACUGGAGCUUGAGCACCGUCAUUUUCAUCAUCGUGGCUGUCGGUCAGAUGGGUGUUUGGGCCUGGAAGAAAGAGAAAAGGUAUCGCAAGGAGUUUGGCGACAAAUAUAAGCGCAAGAGGUACGCCAUCUUGCCCGGCAUCUGGUAG